CCCCCGACCCCCCCCCCCCCCCCCCCCCCCCCCCCCCCCCCCCCCCGCCGCCCCCCCCCCCCCCCCCCCCCCCCCCCCCCCCCCCCCCCCCCCCCCCCCCCCCCCCCCCCCGGGUUAUGUGUUAAAUAUGGGAAAAAUAAACCAUAAUUGUAUGAGAAGAAAAAAUGUUACUUAAAAAAUUAUUGAAAUAUUCGACUGAUAUAAGCUGCUCCUAUAACAUCGUAUAAUAUCUAGUAUCAAUUAGGAGUUUAUAUUGUACUCAAUUUUAGAUUAUUUUUUCUCGAAAAGAUGAAGAAAUUGGCAUUGUCGACGACAGAAAGACCAUUAUUAUCAAAUUUGUAUUUUUCAUAUUUAUUAUUUUUCAUUUGUAUUUUCUAUCGAUUAUUUAAAUUAUUCAGCUAUAUUAUUUAUUUUGUUUAUUCAUACAUUUAUAAUUAUCCAUCAUAUUUGUUAAAUUUAUGGCUUCUAAAUCCAUGGUUAACAUCAGUUAUAGUUACUAUGUGUCUUAUUGGUCUACCAAAGUUUAUCUAUUAUGGAAAGAAAAUGUAUCCAGUAAUCAAACAAAUAAUUGUAUCAAUUCUGAAACCACAAACACUAAUUAGUAUUCCAUUAUAUGUUUUUAUAAUUUCAUUUUUAUUUCAUUUCUUGCCAGUUUUUAAACAACAACAAAAGCAAAUAAUUAAUAUAACUGUAGAAAAUAUCACCAUUUCGACAACUUCAUAUGUGAAUUAUUUAACUGAAAUCAUAAAUGGUCUUAAUCAAUAUUGUAUUAUGAGUAUUUUCUCAUGUAUAUUAUUUGGUUUUGGUAUUUAUUCAAUAAUAACUAGUUCCUGGUUAAAAUUUAUUCGACAUCGUUUAGUUAGUCUUUUCAAUAUCUUAAAAAAUAUUUUUUCUUACAUUUCUAUGUCAUGUCAAUUACCAUUAUCAUUCACUUUUAUCUUACUGUUAAAUAAUCUUUAUCAAUUAUUUCCUACUGUCAUUUAUAUGGGAACUCAAACAUUUGCCUUUGUUUAUUAUCAUUUAUUUUGGUUAAUAUUAAUUUUGAUAUGUACGGCAACCAUAUGGUUAAAACCUAAAGAACGAUUUAAAUUUGAUAAUUCUGGUGAAAUUUAUGUAGAUGAUAUUAGUCGAUUAAACUCCACUCGAAUUAAAGCAAUAUUUUAUCCGCGAACAAUAAAUGAUUUACAAUAUAUUGUUAGUAAAGCAAAACAUAAUGGUAGACAUAUUUCAUUAAGAGGUCAAGCACAUACAAUGGGUGGUCAAACAUUACCUUUAAAUCAUGAUGAUUAUAUUAUCGAUUUAAAAUAUAUGAAUUAUGUUGAAUAUAAUGUUGAAACUGAAACGGUUCUAGUAGAAACCGGUGCUACAUGGGCUCAUGUUAUUAAAAAAUUAAAUUAUUAUGGACGUUCGCCAGUUGUUUUGCAAUCAUAUUGUACAUUUAGUAUUGGUGGUACAAUUUCAGUUAAUGGUCAUGGUAUUACAUGUGAUACAGCCAUGUAUGAUAGUAUAUUGAAUAUGGAAUUUAUAGAUGCAAAUGGAAAAUUAAAGCAAUGUAAUUUGUCAACAAAUAAAGAAUUAUUUUCUCUAUUAAUUGGUGGUUAUGGUUUAUUUGGAAUUAUAACCAAAGUUACAUUAAAAACAGUUUCAAAUAUAAAAACAACAAUGGAAUUCAUAAGACUUGAUGCAAAACAAUUUCCAACAUACUAUGAACAAUUUCUUAAUGAUAAAACAAUUGAAAUUAAAUUUGCAAGAGUCGAUAUUGUACAUCCAAAUAAUAUUUUAAUGUUUAUAUUUCGUCGUAAAUUAACAACAUCAGGAACAAUUGCUAAUUUAGAGGAUGAAGCUCGUGUUAUGAAUCCAGGACAACAGUUAAUUUAUACUUGGAUAUCUCAAAGUCUUCUAUUUAGACGAAUUCGUUUUGCAUUUGAAAACAUAUUACAGCGACCAGUAGAUUUGGUUUUGUCCGAUGAUCGAAAUACAAUUAUGUAUGAAUCCGCAAAACCAAUGGCAUUACUUUAUCAACCAUGUAAUAUACUCGAUGAUACAUUUCUAUUACAGGAAUAUUUUAUUCCAACAGUAAAGUUUGAUUAUUGGUAUGAAAAUCUUCAAAAAAUUAUUCGUAAAAACUAUGAUCAAUUAUUUUUAUUAAAUUUAACAAUUAGAUUUGUUAAAAAAGAUAAUUUAACAUUUUUAGCUUAUACAAAAGAAAAUGAUUGUUUUGCAUUUGUCUUCUAUUUUCGAAUUAAACGAAAUGAAUUUGGUGAUAAUCAAGCUCAUUUAAUUAAUCAAAAAUUAAUCAAUUUAGCAUUUGAAUGUAAUGGUACAUUUUAUUUACCCUAUCGUCAACAUUAUACAGAUAAACAAUUAAAACAUGCCUAUCCAAUGAUCGAUUCAUUUUUUAUCAAAAAAAUAUAUUAUGAUCCAAUGCAAAUAUUUUCAAAUUCAUGGUAUCAAACAUAUGGACAACACUAUAUUGAUCAAGCAGCAGAACAUGUUAAUGAACAACAUGAGAAAAUAAUAGACAGUAAUGAAUUAAUAAAAUUAGAAGAUGAAGAAUUUGUUAUAGUUGAACAACGACGUAAUAAUUCUUUUGAACAUGUUAUUGUUAAUGAUGAACUUCGGCAUAAAUUUCGUAAAUUUCUUCGUACUGAAUUUAAUAUUGAAUCACCACCGGUUCUAUUCAAUUAUGUUAAUCGAGCUGUACGUAAUCCAUCAAAUAAAAAUGAUUAUGAUAUCUAUAAAGAACUUGAGAUUGUUCUCAAUACAAGACAAUUUAUGUUCUUAAGACGUUUGUAUUUGUAUAUGAAACAAAUAAUUCAAUUAAAAAUACAAAUGAAUGAUAUUUUACGUCAACAAUUAGCUAUAAUUAAACAGUUAAACAUUUCAGAACAAAUUAAUGAUAUUGUUUGCAUUGGAGAUGGUGGUCGUAAUAUUAAACGUUUACGUUCAUUAUUAAAAAUGAAAGGACGUACAUAUAUUUUACAUGAUCAACAACGUUUAGGAGAUAUCAUUGAACGAUCAAGUAUAUUUCCCAUUGGUACAUUUAUUCCAUUUAAUAUUAAUGCAAUUGAAGAUGUUCCUAUUCCAAGUGAUUCUAUCGACAUUAUUAAUUUAUAUAUGGGUCUUCAUCAUAUACCACAAAAUAAAUUAAAAAAUUUUUUAAAUAUUGUUAAACGAAUAUUACGUCCAGGUGGUCUAUUUUUUUUUCGUGAACAUAAUGCCUAUAAAAAACUUAUACCCUUAUUAGAUGUGGCUCAUUCUGUUUUUAAUGUUGUCACAAACGUUGACUUUGAACAAGAUAAACAUGAAAUUCGAGCAUUUCGAACAAUUGAACAAUGGCGUUCAUUAUUUAGAGAAUCAGGUUUUGAAGAUACUCUUCUAUAUGAUGAACAAAUAGAUGAUCCCACUGAUGACACUAUGUUAGUAUUUCGAAAACCAAUUAUUUUAAAUCAUGAUCAACAUCAAUCACAAGAACAAAGUAUUGAUAAAUUAAUUAUUUCUGAAGUAAAAUCUCCUGUUUCACCUGAAUCAAAUUGUUUUCGACCAUGUGAAUGGCUAACGGUUCGAAUGGUACUAUUAUUUGGAAAUUAUUUAUAUCAUACACCAUUUUUUUAUUUUCCGUAUAUAAAAUAUCUUUCAUUAUAUUGGUCAUUAUGCAUAACUGAAACACAAUUGGCUAUGAAUCAAUAUGGUGUAAAUAAAGCUCUUUUAUCUGAUGGUUUUAUGAUGAAUGUUUGUGUUGGUCUAAUUUUGACUAUAUUCUUUCUACAAUUUGCAUUUUUUUCAUUUUUUCUUCGUUUAGUAGUGCCAAAACUCAAGCCUGAAUAUGAACAAUUAUUUGUAAAAAUAUCAAAUGAGAAAGAAAAUAAUUUUAACUUUAAAAAUGAAAUUGAUGAACGUAUUGAACAAGUGAAGUUGUUAAAUAAAGGUUAUUAUGCACUAAGAGUGCCUCGACAUCGACCAUUCGGUGAAAUAGUUGAAAAAUUAGCAUUAUACAAUAAAAAUGUUUACUUUGAUCUAAUAUUUAUAUCAAAUGAAAAUGGUUUUAUUCAAGUUGAAUUAAAUAUAAGUAAGCCUGACAGUUUAAUAUGGGUUAAACAACAAGCAAAUAUUAAUCCUAUCUUUGAAUUUAAAUAUCCAAGUGAUAAUCAAGAAUUGAGUCAAACACAAAUCAUUAUUCAAUUAAAAAUUGAACAUUUAUUUCAAUUUAUUAGACAAUGUCAAUUACAUGAUAAAUCAAUUAAAAUUACUCAAGUUUAUGAUUAUUUUGGCUUGAAAAAUACGGAUUAA